CCUGGCAACGGUGUCCAUGGGAACGGGUGUGGGUGCAUCAUCUGAAAGGCGGGUCGGGUCGGGUCGGGCCGGGCGGCGGCGGCGGCUCCAGUGCCCCAGUGCCCCAGGCGCGGCCCCUCCAGCAGCACCGACUCACUGCAUGCAUCUGGGGGCCCCGAACCACCACUGCUGCCGCAGCCCCCGCCUCAGCACGGACAACGACGAUGUGGUUGUAUGAUCAGCUACUGGUUGUUCAAAUCGGUCAAACAUUAUCUUCCUAGUUAAACACAUCCGUACUGUAUGGAAACCGAAAGCAAAAACCAUCCUCAUUUACAGUCUAUAAAUCAGAGCAAGUUAAGAUGUGAACCAUUGCCUCAGAAGAAGAGGAGAAAAUGUAUUACAUUGCAAGAACGUGGAAUCAAAAACAAUGCUGGCCGGAGUUUAGCUUCAAGCUUCAAACAUGUCACCGAGGUGAGAAAGGCUGAUGUCUUCCUCAGGAAAAAGAUCAGAGAUGGAGAUUUGCAAGCAAACUUUCUAUUAGGUCAACUCUACUUUGAAGAGGGAUGCUAUGAAACAGCUCUGGAAGAGUUCAACAAUAUUAAAGACUGCGACUUCCAAGCUCUCUAUCAGCUUGGUGUGAUGUAUUACGAUGGACUAGGCACCAAGGAGGACCCUGCUCUAGGUGUGGAAUAUAUGAAUCGAAUCAUAAACACCGAUGAUCCAAAAGCGAGCCAUUUGAAAUUUGCUGCGUAUUACAACCUGGGCAUUGCUUCCCUUGAGGGAUUUGGAAUGCAGCAGUCUGAUUCAGAAGCAGAAAGACUGUGGAUCCUUGCUGCAGAUGAUGGGAACCCUAAAGCAAGUGUGAAAGCCCAAACUACUCUGGGCAUGUUCUACUGCAGGGCAGAGACUAAAAACCUGCAAAAGGCAUUCUUUUGGCAUUCUGAAGCGUGUGGCAAUGGAAGUCUAGAGUCUCAGGGUGCAUUGGGAUUACUGUACCUUAAUGGACAGGGCAUUCGCAAGGACAUCCAAUCAGCUUGUGAGUGCCUGAAGGACGCAUCGAGCAGAGGCAAUGUUUAUGCUCAGGGUCACUUAGCUGCUUAUCUGUAUAGUCGGAAACUGUACAACAGUGCUGCUGAGCUCGCAUACAGGGUUGCCCAGUAUGACAAUAUCCUGUUCAUAGCAAAGGAAACUGAUUGCCUGCCAUCUUACAUAGCAAAGGGUAUUGCCCUGGGUGCUUUCUACUAUGGGAGAUGCCUGCAGCUGGGCCUGGGAACAAAACCCAAUCAAAUGGAAGCCAGAAAAUACUUCUGCAAGGCGAUUAACAUGGAUCGGGAUAUAGCAUCUGACUUACACUUUCAAGUGAUAAUGGAAAGAAUUUAAGAAGAAGCCAUUGUGGAGAAACCUCAACAAGACUCUGCUUCUGUGGGUUAAAGUUAGGGCAGUUAGGUGAAGCUUUUCAUCCUGUAAUUCAUACACCAUUUUGGAAGCGGACAAUUGAAGAGGUACCAUUAAGUCGAUUAAAAAUGGCUUGUAACUCCUGCAAAGCAAAAAUUCUUAAAAUCCUAGGUACUUGAGAAUAAGUUUGGGCAUUACCAACCUGAGCCAUUACAAACUGAACGGGUGAACAUUUUGAUCCUAUGAGGUAUCUGCCAUAGAUAGAUAUAUAUAUAUUUUUUAAUUAUCCUCCAAUACUAUUUUUUUUUUAGCUUGUGCUCUUGUGACAAAUGUUGCUGACAAUGAUGUUUCAUGUGACCCGAGCAAAGGCUUCACUUUAGCAAAGUAUCUCAAACCAUUUCGGAGACGGGAUCACAAAAUGACAAACCAAAUCAGAGGAAAUGGUAGGAUAUACCAAAGCGAAAUGAUGCGCAUGAAAAACCUGCAAUAAUGGCAGAAAACGCAGGCAAUCUGCCGCAGAGAGGUCCGAUGCUGUGUGUGUGGAAUUUGCACACUCUUCACGUGCAUGCUCCAGUUUCCUCCCACAUUCCACAGAGCUAGGUAAAUUAAUUGGUGACUGUAAAUUGCCCUUGGUAGAGGUGGGCGGCAGGAGAAACAGGUUGGAGUUGACGGGCUAUUGAGAGAGAUUAGGGAAACGGGGUAACUUGGUGGGGGAAUGGGACCUUUGAGAUUGCUCUGAGGGCCAGCAUCAACCCAAUGGGUCAAAUGGCCCGAUGAAAAGUCAUUGGCUGGAAAUGUUGACUUCAUUCCUUUUGUUCCCCCAUAUCCACCCUGACCCGCCGAGUGCCUCCCGUAUGUGUUUGUAUCGGGGACAUCUCAAGAGCGAGUCAUGGUUCUGAGCUAAUAAAGAUCGUCUUUAGAAGAAGAGAGGCACUUAGGGAUGGAUAUUCCAAGUCCUAAGACAAUGGUGGAGGAUACGAGGGAGAAAAGAAAAAGCAAGAGCAAAUGUCAGACUCUGCACAAGUCUGAGACACUAAGUGUAUUCGGCGAGUAGUGUGCAACGGGGAAUACAUAUUUUUUUUUAUUUACUUAGGGAUUUUUGGAAGAGUAGGACAAGGAGUCUUGUAUUUAGAGAGGAUGUGAACAUGGGGGACAAUACGGAAGAUCAUGUGAGAUCUGCAGCAAUACUGCCUGGCCACAAGGGGGGAGUACUGAGCUGAACUUAGCUUGACGAUCGUCCUUGCAUGGACUUCCUUUCAACAUGAACCCCAAUCUAGAAUGAACCUCAUCGCCAAAGUACAGAAGUCAUUUCUACUGUGGUAUUAAACGGUCCCAGUCUGCGAGCUCGCAUGAUCUUCUGUCAUUGUUCCCACUUUCCAGGCCCAGGCGACAUCCUUACUGCUCCCUGCCAAAUGAAUUUUCCCCUCUCAAUUACCAGAUAGGAGUCAUUUUGGACUUAACACAGCUGUGUCAUUGAGAGCUGGAGAAAAAAAAAUUGUUAAUUUAAAAUAUCUUUUGCAUAUUUUUUUUAAUUGUCCUUCAAUUCGUUGAGUUUGAGGUCUUUUAGCACAUGUUGCUCAAAGGGACUUCUGGUGAGGAGCCUGGCGGUGGAGUUGUGAAUCAGAACGGAAUCCCAAGGCGACUCAGAAGCAUAAUGAAAAACUGCAAAGUGAUUGAAAGCAGUGCAGAAGGUGCAUCUCCUCCUUGGUCGACACUGCAGCUCCCGCAACCUUGGUCCAAAACCCCCUUCUUUGUCCUGUGCAACAGGUCAAACGUUGCUGGAAAUUCAGGUUCUCCCUUAACACUGUGGAGAAGAUGAAUUCUUGUUGGUGUGUUUUCUAACAAAAUCAUAAAAUGUGAAUGGAAACAAAAAUAUAUUGAAGUAGUUUGCUGAUUUUGUUAAAAGAUGAAGGCUGGGUCUGUUUGCUUGAUGUUGAGCGACAGACACUGGCAUCAGGGGUGUGUUUUACCCCGAACGCUGUGUGGAGUGAAUAAAUCAAAACUGAAGACAA